AUUCCAAGGUUCAACUAGUUAGAUUUGGUAUGUGCGACUCUACGGUCUUCCGUACCAGCAGAACCAUCCCAGUACCACUUGAACAUACUUUGCUUUAAUGUUAACGUCCAUCAUACGUUCUAGGUUCUCUCCAGCCAUCAUGCAAGCAUCAAGAGCUGCUUCGACCCACACCGCGAGUGGUCGUGCUGCACUCCUACAAAAGAAUCCGGACGACGUCGUGAUUACCUUCGCCAAGCGCACUGCUAUGGGGAAGAUGAAGAAGGGACAGUUUAAAGACGUGCCAGUCGAUGAGAUGAUGCAGGCUCUCUUCAAGGCAACACUUGAAAAGACGAAGCUCGACCCGUCAAAGAUUGAGGAUAUUUGCGUAGGGACAUGUCAUCCGCCAUCCCCCACCUACGUUUCCCGCGCAGCUGCACUUGCUGCUGGCAUCCCACACACCGUCCCCAUCUCGUCCGUGAACAGACUAUGCUCAUCAGGGCUCAUGGCAAUAAAGCAUAUAGCCCAGGCUAUCCAGGCUGGUGAAAUCUCCCUCGGUCUUGCUGUAGGUAUCGAGAACAUGACACUUAAUCCACGCCCAACGCCCAUCGUCACAGAGGCAGUAGACCAGCAUGGUCAGGCUCAUGAUUGCAUUCAGCCCAUGGGUUGGACGUCCGAGAUGGUAGCUCAGACUUACAACGUCUCUCGCCAAAAGCAGGAUGAAUAUGCUCUGAUAUCACAUACCAGGGCCAGUGAGGCUCUCGUUCGUGGAACGUUCGCCUCGGAAAUCAUCCCCGUUGAGAUUAGAGGGGCUGUCAUCUCAGUCGACGACACAGUCCGACCAGGUGUUACUCUUUCCUCUCUUGGUGCACUCAAACCCGUCUUCCCAGACUGGGGCGAUGCUUCCACAACUGCAGGGAACGCAAGCGGAAUCGGCGACGGUGCCGCCAUCUGCAUGCUUACCACGCGGGAAAGGGCAGAGAGGGAGGGAAUGGAGGUGCUGGGGAAAUGGGUAGGAGCCUCUGUAGUAGGUGUUGAACCUCGCUAUAUGGGUAUAGGCCCUAUCGCUGCUAUCCCGAAGGUCCUCGCCCAGCAUGGUCUUUCGAAAGAGGACAUUGAUGUCUAUGAGAUUAACGAAGCCUUUGCGUCCCAGUUCGCCUACUGCGUCGAGGAAUUACAAAUCCCAAUUGAAAAGAUUAACCCAAAUGGUGGCUCUAUCGCCCUCACACAUCCUCUCGGAAUGACCGGUGUUCGACAAGUCGUCACAGGUCUCGCCGAACUCCAAAGGCGCAACGCAAAGUUACUAUGCACGAGCAUGUGCGUGGGCAGUGGGAUGGGAGCCGCAGGCAUCUUUGUCAAUGAGGCCCAGGGGAUCACAGCCAAGUUAUAAAAAGACUCGAACAAUUCACAAUAUAGUAGUUAUGUAUGUUCCGCGUGUCAUGGUGUCAUGUUUCAUAAUGUUUUCUGUAUGUAUACUACUAACCACACAAUCACAAUUUGGAAGCGAUUUGUGAUUUGACGGCAUCCAGUGCGUUGCUCACGAUCUCCGUCAUUGCAAUAACCGCUUCUUCCUCUAGCGUUCGUCCGAUGAGCUGUAGAGAGAUGGGCGCGUCCUUGAAUGUCUCGGGCUCGUACAUUUCAUAGUAAACCUUAUCAGUGUCGUUGAGGAAAGUCUUCCGCGGUUGCUUGGCAUCGAUUGCCGUGUCGACGGCCGAGACGGGGAAAAUCGAAGCAGUAUAGUCCAGUGCGUUCCAAACUGUGGUGUAUGCAGUGUAGGUGUUCAAUCCGUGAGGUGGUGCAGCAUAUGGUGCAGCAGGUCCUAUGAUGGCGUCCACAGGCCUACCUGUGCCCGUCUCUCCAACAGUCGCCUCCCACAUAUCCAUGUACUCCUUCCGCAUGUCUCGUCUGCCUUUCUGGAUCUGCCAGAGCUUGUACGAGGAGAUGCCAGGUUGGUGUGCAGGGCAUGAUUCUACCGGGGG